GGAUGAUGUUAAUAACAUCUGACUGACAUUCAUUCAUUUGGGUCAACAAAAGCAAUGGCAGCAUUGAUUCCACCAUUGAAACCCUAUCAUCAACUAAUUACCACCACCAUUCCAUUCAUCUACAGAUCGUCGUCCCCUAAAUUAUCCGCAACAAAAAUGUCCGCUUCCGUUUCCGCAGUCACUCAACGAAAACUUCCUGUUUUACUCUUCGAUAUUAUGGACACAAUCGUUCGCGAUCCCUUUUACCACGAUAUUCCUGCUUUUUUCCGGAUGUCCAUGAAGGAACUGUUGGACUGCAAACAUCCUACAGCUUGGAUUGAGUUUGAAAAGGGUCUCAUUGAUGAGAUGGAACUAGCAAGGAUAUUUUUCAAAGAUGGGAGACAUUUUGACUUGGAAGGCCUCAAAAGUUGUAUAUAUCAAGGAUACUCAUACAUAGAAGGUGUUGAAGAACUUCUUAGUACCCUGAAAGAUAACGGCUACGAGAUUCAUGCCUUUACAAAUUACCCAAUAUGGUAUAAAAUGAUUGAGGACAAAUUGAAGCUUUCCUCUUACUUAUCUUGGACGUUUUGUUCAUGCGUAAUUGGAAAAAGAAAGCCAGAUCCUCUUUUCUAUUCAGAAGUUCUGCAGCACCUUGACACUGAGCCACAAAAUUGUGUCUUUAUUGAUGACAGGCUGAAAAACAUAGAAGCUGCAAAAGACGCAGGUAUAAUCGGAAUUCAGUUCAAAAAUGCAGAUUCACUGCAGCAGGAUCUCUCUCUUUUGGGCAUCACAUUUCAAAACGGCAAAACAAAAACACAAGAAAGCAGGGUUUAGACAGGACUUUUAUUGUCGGAACUUUGAUUCUUUUGAUGUAUUUCGACUAAAUUAUAUACAAGGGCGGGCCGAUUGGUGCAUUGAAUGGUUCUAGACAAAGGUUUAUGGGCUAAAACUAUGCAAGUUGUUUAUAUAAUUUAUUGGAUCAAGAAAUUGAUACGCGAGAAAAAAAGUUUAUCCAUGACUAUAAAAUCACGUAUGUCAGGCGUGAAAAUUAUCCUUGCAUGAU